GCGAUAGUGAGUGCUCGAGUGAGUAGGUGGGUGGGUGAGUGGCGGGAGAGUGCUGGGCGAGUGAGUGGGUGAACGAAUCGGCGACUAAGCGAACGAACGCGCGGUUGACUGAUCACACAGGUAAUCGAGUACCGUGACCGAACGAUCUAUCGGUCGAAUUAGAACAAUCGACUUCCGAACCCAACCUUCGACCACCAUCACCGCCAGUCUAUUACUCGGCCGAUGGGGCGACACGCGCGCGGCGCCCCCACGUUCGCGUCGGAGGGUGAGGACCGCGCCAUCCGCCUCGGCGUGGUCCUCGUCCUCUUCGCCUUCGCCUCCUUCUCCACGCUCGCCUUGUGCUGGAUGCGCCCCGCGCUGCAGCGGCGGGCCCGCAGCCGGGAGGACAACUGCUCCGUGGCGAGGGUGGACGCCGGAGACGGCGGCGCGGCGGGACCCGCCGGGGAGCCGUGCUUCUUCUCGUGCGGCCCCGCGUGUCGCGGUGACUCCCGGUACCCGUGCGUGCGCGUGUUCGCGCGCCUCGCUCACUCCCCCGGCAGGGUCGCGCUGCUCCACCAGGACCUGCUGCAGCUCUCGCUCAACCCCAGGGUGCGUGCCGGUGGACAAGGUGGGUGGGUGGGUGUGAUGAGUGGGUGGAGAGAAAUCGUCACCGGUGGAAUAAAAAAAUCGGGCCGGCGGUUUAGGGAAUUCAGCGCACUACCCUUCGCCACCGUACCGCUCCCCACACCGAGAGAGAUAACGCACACGGCACGAUGCCUCCUCUCCCUGCCUCCUCCUCCUCGUCGUCGUCGUGAUCCCUCUCUUCGCGGCGCUCCGCAGUGCUCCUACGUGCCGGCCUCGUGCCACCGGGACCCCUCCGAGAACGCGCGCAACGUGAGCGGCUGGGCAGUGCGGUGGCUGCGCAGUCUGGAGCUCUCCGCCUCCUUCCCCUGCUACUUCGACGGGCAGCUCAGGCCAGACGAUGUCAUCCUGGAUCGAGACGACACCCGGGCGGUCGUUUUCCACUGCGUUUUCUGGCCGUUUCUCACCCUGCUCGUCGGCCUGCUCCUCAUCGGCCUGGCCACGUGCGCCAAGAGCCUGGCCGUGCGCGCGGAGGCAAUGCGCAAGCUCAAGAAGUUGCGGUGACUGCGACGAGGAGGGCACUGACGCCGCCGUCGCCGCCGAGAUUGAUGAGGGUACUCACGGCCAUAGCCGGGCCCUAACAAGCAGGAAUAUGCUGCGCACAAAACGUUAAGAAUGAAUACACCUAGCCGUGUAAAGUUGUUGGGACGGCUUGUUAUUUAAUGUGGUGGGCACUUGUUGCCGCCCCACGUAUAUGCUGCAUAACUAACAAAAAAAUCGCAUUAUUUACAUUUAUAUAGGGCCGUACGACAGUGGUUCAGAUAGCCGUUCAGGAAAAUCUAUUUUAAAGAAACACGCACACAAAAAUACAUCUAAGUUUAUCGAACAUAUAGGAAAAAUGCAUUUAAGUUUCUUUCUAAAAUGGAAGAAUCUCAGCGGUCAUGCGCAAUUCUUCAGCCAAUGUAUAAUUGUACUAUUGGGCGGAGAGGCAAGAGAGCACCCUCUGUACUUAACGCGACAUGCUCACUUCAAGAGGCACUCCACUGGUAAACUCGCUCAUUCACCUGCUCUUAUUCUUAGUUUUUUCGGUAAAGUCACGUUCUCCAUCCUGCACUCGCCCUACCCCCACCGCAACAUUCUGUAUUCUAUACACUACGUUUUCCGUCGUAUAUUUAAGCACCCAGUCGUCCAUAUCUGCCAAGUCGAGUGCUGUGCUAUUGCCUCCGCAGUGUGUAACCUGCCCUCCUCCAUCCUGCACGUGUCCCCAAUCAUUGCAACAUUCUGUAUUCUCGACACGUUUUCCAUCGUAUAUUCGGCAACCAAAGUCGCCCAUAUCUGCCGAGUCGAGUGCUGUGCUCUUGUCUCUGCAGUGUGAAUAGAUUUGUCUGGUCACGGUUGCCAUCCCAAAGCACGACCGUGGGUUCACGUGGAUUAUGCUGUUGAUAUUAUACUGUUGGUGGACGACCGUGGGUAAUAAAAACAAGCGAAUAAACAGAAGCGCUCGUAUUUCCCCCACCCAAAACUAAACAAAAAAAACCCAUUCAGGUCCGAAAGUAGUGAUUUUCUUUUAGAACUCUUGACGGAUGGACUUAAACGGUAACUUUAUUUGUUUGGGCGGUGAAACAGCUCUUUCUGUGUUAAUCAGUUUAUUUACAUGUGAAUAUAUUUAUCCUACAAAACGUGAUUUGUAUUCAGUGAUGGGUUUCAUUACCCGCCUUUCAUAAUGUUUAUGCAAGCACACACGAACGCCAAGCGAAUUGCUUCAAAGUAAUGGGAACGAAUGUGCACGUGCUGCAUCAACCCAUGCAUGAAGGGGCUCAACUAAGCAUUGACCGAGGCAUUUUCAGUGACAGUUGGCAGAAAGGACGUUUCCACCGAUGUCUGGCAUGAUGAAACGGCCAAAUCGAUACUUUGGCUCUGCCAACUUGGCUAUUGCACAAAGAAAGUUGACAAACGGCAAAUUUCACGUGAAUCAACAUUCAUUCAUUUCAAAUUGUCAUAGAUCAAAGUUCGUGUUUUUCACUUUAAUUCACCAAAUCAAUUUCUGUACAAAAAAUAUUACGGACUUUGUUUUCAGUGCAAUACUGGUAAUUGUAAUACAAACCCUAACAAUCUAACCGUAUUUAGUUUCAAUGUAAAGAACAUUUUCGUAAUUUUAACGCAUCGGGAAUUUGCACAGCCUCGGCUAGACACGCAUUCCCUAUAGAUUGAACUGCACCUGCUCGGACAAACCACAAGUCAUGCGGAAUGUCAUGUUGGUGUCUGAAUCUAUGCUGAACUUCUUUCCCACCGUACGUAGUCAACCGUGCUAACCAGAAGUGCGAAACUAGCGGCGUCAUAAGCUCAUGGUAGAAAUUAUACAUUGAUUAAAGUGGCUCGGCUCUUCAGAGGAAAACCGCUGUUGACUUCCACCAGAGGUUUUCAACGACCUGAAGAGAGGUGUGUUAUGAAGGGCCAUUGCCCGAAACGUUACCGAUUUUGUUUUCUUUUCAGGCAGUGUUAUUGACGAAUGUGUUUAGUUUUUGUAUGUUAAUUGUGCUUGUUCACCACUGGCAACGCAGCAGCAGCAUCCCCAAAUAAUUUGUCUAAUUCAAAAGGUUGAUGACCGAGUGGUAUGGAGAAAACCAAUGUGGUGAAACCGCAUCAUGCAUGAAGCUCUUUCCCGACAAACCACACAGACUGCAAGCGCACACAGGCACAAAAUAUGCUCAAUUGUACUGUACAAUAUAUUUACUCUUUCGUUUUACGAUAAAAUAAAUAAAUGUGGCGGCAUAUGCAUUUAUUUCAAGCAGCAUAGCAUUGCAAGCAUUGCACCCACUCACCCCAACACAAUGUCACUUUUUAGAUGGGGACACGACUGGCUGGCAGAUUAUUUCUAAUCAUCCAUCACAGCACAAAGCACAUCUCAUUGCAUCAUCUUAAGUCAAAGACUCAACGCAUUUGCCUGCUCAACUAAGCAGACGGUAGUGCUCAUCUCCACUCGGGGGCUCGGAGACAUUGGUGGAAAUUCCACAGUGCCAGGAUGGGGGCCCACUCUCUUCCUUGGAUGACCACUCUUGACUUUCAACAAAGUGGUACAAAUGUUUUCAGCCCCAAACAGAUGAUUAUGAGCCGAGCACAAACCAGGACAUGAACUUGCGCUUUUGAAUAAACCAGGACACACGGCACCAACCAGUCACUUAAUGCUACUUUGUAAAUCACUUAACUCUGUCUCAAGUAAACAUAAUCACUCAACUCUUAUUUUUGUAAAGUAGAAUCUUAAAAGAAGCUUCCCUUUCUAGGUACGUGAACACAGCGAAUGACUGCAGUCUUUGGUGUCAGAGGGGGAAAUCCGGCCAUAUCCACCAAUUCUUAUCAAUUGAGAAUAAUCUUUUGCUCGUUUACCUUCCUUGUCUCACGACUCCAGAACUUGUCCAAGUUGCUACUGCGUUGAAGCCUGAUGGCCACGACA